AUGUUGAUAAGCACACGACGAUGCCUGGCAACAAGAAGAAAAAAGAAUGAGAAAAAAAAAACGAAAGAAAGAGGCGACACGACGCACGCUGCAGUGCAAGAACCGGAUUUGGUCUAUGCCGAGCCUGAGCAAGCCUGCAGCAGAGAUAUGACAGUCCAGAACAGGACCUCAACGCCGUCAGAUCGCAGCCACGAACAAAAAUGGCUCGAAGCCAAGGGUUUCAGACGGUUGAGGCGGACACCACGUAGAAUUAAUAUUGCUUUGAGGUGUCGGAUGAGGACUAAUGGCGGCAGAGCUGAGUUUGUCGAUCUGGUGACGAUAGCGACCUGA